GUCAGCGUUUUUCUACCCGCUCUGGUGGCACGGAGCGAGGCUGGCUGUGGUGGAUGUGCUGCGGGUCGAGUCGCUUUAUACAGUAUGGAGCCGCCCGACUUCGAAAGCAUGAAUUUUACGGUGGCGCCGGAGGUGUCUGCCUACCCGGUGUGCAAAGAGUGGAAAGAGGGUGCGGAAGGAUCGGUGUUCCAUCUCGCCAACAUCUUUCUGUUCCUUGGCUUCAUGGGGGGCAGUGGCCUUUACGGACUCUUCUACCUGUUCACCUUUCUCACUCUGGGCUUCUUCUGCUCCACUCUCUGGUCGUGGUCGGACUCCUGCACCACGGACUCUUUUCUGUGGAGUUUGGCGAUCUUCGCGGUGUGUCUGGUACAAGUCCUGCACAUGUCAUACAGGCUGAGGAGCUUUUCGUUUGACAAGGACUUCCAGGAGCUGUAUAGCUGCAUGUUUAAAAGAGUCGGAGUGUCACUGUCCCAUUUUGGGAAGAUAGUGGCCUGCUGUGACGGGGAAGUCCAAACUUUAGAGAAGGACCGCUGCUUCGCCGUAGAAGGAAAAACCGCUAUUGACAAGCUGUCAGUGCUGCUCUCUGGAAGAAUCCGUGUGACAGUUAAUGGAGAGUUUCUACAUUACAUCUACCCUUUCCAGUUUCUGGAUUCACCAGAAUGGGACUCUCUGCAGCCAUCGGAGGAGGGCGUAUUCCAGGUGACGCUGCGUGCUGAUAACCCCUGCCGGUACGUAGCGUGGAGGAGGAAAAAGCUCUACCUGCUCUUUGCUAAGCAUCGCUACAUAGCCAAGAUCUUUGCCCUGGUUGUACGCAAUGACAUAGCAGAAAAGCUGUAUUCACUCAGUGACAAGACUUUUGACAGAUACGGACACCGCUACGAUCUCCGCUUACCAUGUUACCCUCACAUGCCGGGGACUGAAAUAGAAAGGGCUGAUGACCAUCUGCAAGUGCCGGUGCAGAGCAGGGGGGCUCCGUAAACAUACACACA